UGGUCACACAGUCACUGUCUCUUUGCCUCCUUUUUUGCGAAAAAAGGCAAAUUUUCUAAGAAUUGGAAUUCCUCGAUUAGUAGGAAAAUCUAGUUAUGGCCAAUGUGGAGAUAUAUGACUCGUCUGAUUCAAAUCUGAGCAGCGAUGAAUAUAGCCCAGAGGAGGAUGAUCUGAUGGAUGCCGCAGUAAGCAACAAACCAAGAUUGGAGAAUACCCCAAAAAGAACUAGCUCCACUGGUUCUACUAAGAACUUGACAUUGGAGCCAAAACAGCUUCAGAAAGACGAGGAUGAGAAGAAACCGCCGAUAAAGGCCAAGGUGGAGACCGGACCCGGACUCGGACCCGGUUCGCAACCACUGAAGCCGCCCUCAAAUCCUUUGCAAACUCAACUUCAAAUUAAGCAAUUAAAACGAAGCAACCGGUCAAGUUUCUAUUUUAAACGUCGAAGUUUGUUAUGGCUCCGACGCUUACGCCGAUUUCCUGACGGCUAUAUGCGAUCCUUGAAAUAUACCGUAACACGAUAUCAAGUUCUUUUAUAUCGUUCAAAUCUUAGACGUCAUUCCAUGGCGGAACAUUCAGGGGAUCGCCAUGCUAGCUCGCACAGCCGUAGCCGUAGUCGCAGUCCAGCUAGUCGCAGUGUCAGUCAGUCGCCAGAGCUAAUAUGUCUGGAUGACACAGAGAAUGAGGAAUCACCAGAAAAGCUGGAAGCAGUCAAACGAAGUGCCCCGACUCCUGUGAAAUUUGAAUUAGGCACACCUCAUGCUCCGCCCAGUCGAAAGAUUCAGCUUAAUGAAGACGAUAAGGCUCCUGACCCAGUGCAAGUUGUAGCAAAGGAAAAUGGGUCCAUAUUGGAUGAGUUCUUGACACUAAAAGCAAAUAUCGCUACUCCUCCAGGCCUAUCAAGUGCUCCCGAUCUGGUUCCCCAUCAACAAACUCCACAUAAUUUACACGCAAUGCCCAAUCCAUAUGAUUUGACAGUUGGUAUACAAGUGACCCAGCAACUGGCGCAAACUGAAGCUGACAACAAUUGUCUGGCCAAUAAAGACGACGCAGUGGAGGUUCCAGUAUUAGAAACAAGCUGUAAACGGCGCCGAUCAUUUACGCCACCUUCGCUUGGCGAAAAGCGUGUCAAAUCUAUGCAAGUCGACUCCGAUGAUGAUACAAUUGAAUUCGCCAAGUCAGAACCGACAGAACAGUCACAACCAAAAUCAUCACUUGACCAGCUUACACAGCAGGACCAACAACAACCACAACAUGUACAGCAGCAACAACAAUCGCAUGGACAACAACAACAACAACAACUUGAGAAUCCAGGGUCUAUGCCGAAAAUGACCACAGAUGAGCCAAUUUUCAAAUUGGGUCCUGCCUUUACUUUGGCCCCACAAGAACAACAGCCAGCAGUCGAGCAACAAUCAGUGGUAGAUUUGGCUUGCAUGUCCUAUAGUUUAAGCACACCAACCCCUCCUCUACCGUCGGGCCAGGUAGAGCCCAUGGAGAUUAGCUAUCCCACCAUAGUCAAGCAAAAGGUUGUUGUCAAUAAGGUGGUAGAACCACAGUCUACAGUCAGUGACAGCCUGGAGACGCCUCCGCCCAUAAAUGCAAUCAAUCCAUUGGCUUCAUUCCCCACAUUUGCUGCCCCACAGCCACCACAGAAGCCCCGCCGAUCGGAUACGGUUUACACUCAAACUAUCAAUCAGAUAACAAAUCAAACCGCUCCUCAAACGCAAAUGCCCGGUCCCUCCCAAACACAAUCCCAAUCAAUUAUAUCUUCACUUUCACCAUCAAGCAGUUCCCUACCACAAGUUGCUGCUACAUCCUUACCGCCACAAGCAGGAAAUAGGCCACGUCAACAGAAAUCCUAUCCUGAUCUCACAAACAACGAUGCCAAUUUUCAUUAUCGCAUCAAGGAACUUUACUCCGAACUGGAUACGAUAAUCAAUGACAAAUUGAAUUCCCUUACACCUGAAUUGCAAUCGUUUAUGGACGAACGAAAACGCAUUGAUGCCGAUAUAAAGACGCUGGACAAGCUAAUUGUGCAAAAGGAGGAGGAAACCAAUCGUCUUAUACAUUUGCGUUGUGUCAAAGAGGAACUGCGCUCUCGCUUGGAGCGUAAGGAGCGUGUUCUGAUCAUUAAGGAUAUAUUGCCAAUGUUAGUGAAUAAAAACUGCAGCACCCCCGAGCUGUAUGAAAUGCAUUCAAUGCUACUAGAGGAGCAAAAUGCUCCAAUUACCCCAAAACAUGGAGGGCCAUCGGCCCUGGAGCGUUGCAUCAAUCAAUUGGAAAGCAGUCAGAACGAUUUAAGAUUGCUAAGAGGUGCACUAAACUUAAAAGAGCCUCUGUCAGGAAUAGCACAAUUCGGUGAGGCUUAUCGUAGGCGUAACUCUUUGCCCGCUGGACGACGAGAGAUGCAGGAUUCAAACUUCACGGAGGAUCACAUUGAGGAAAUGCCUUCCUUAUCCUUGAGCAAGCGCUCAAAACAAAUAAUACAAGCACAGCAGCAGAAAAGAUAUCAACACCUCAUGGUAGGCAAUUCAACGCCGAACCUCGUAGAUGCUGAUAAUAGAGCUAGUUCCUUUCCAACCCAACAACAAAAUCAUCAGCGUGAUCAGCGAAAUUCCUUUGACAAUCAUUUCGAUCGGGAAACUGCUGGAACACUUAAACCUCUGUACAAUAGCAGUCCCAUGCUUUAUAGUCGAGAUGGAGGCCAUUCUAACUCCAAACGAGGCGGCGGCGCACUCCAACAUUCCACAUAUCUCUCGGAUGAGAUAAAGAGAGAUCAGGAACGUGACCACGAAAGAGAUGCGGGUAGAUCAUCUGAAAAGAAACAUAAAGACAGUCGUCCUUCAAUGAAUGGUGUAGGGGGGGCCAACAACGAUGCGGAUCGUCGCUGUCAGCACUGUGAACGCUACGAGGCCAAUUUCAUGUGCGCCAGCUGUCAGAAUCAAUGGUAUUGCAGUCGAGAUUGUCAGCUCCGUGCUUGGGACUCUCAUUGGGAACAUUGUGGUAAAUAAAUGGACAACUAACCAUCUCGGAUUUAGCACUUCAGCAUUAAUUCGUCUAUAAUUAUAAUCUAUAUCUGUAGUAUCUCAUCAUAACCUUGACUUCAGACUCGUGUGUGCUUUCGAUUUUCCCCAAGACUUUAUAUAAUUUCCAAUAUUUGCAAUGCAAAAAUAAUUUACAAUUUUUUUUUGUAUUCAUUCAAAGCGCAUAAAAAAAACAAACCAACAAUAAAGAUGAUAUUUAAUCUAUA